UAAAAAUGAUGAAAAUUUUUUUUCAAAUAAAAAUUAUCCAAAUAAUUAUCGUGCAUCACGUUUAUUUUGGAGUAUAAAAAAUCCACGACAAAAAACAAUUUAUCAUUUACAUAUUAAAAUUGAACAAACAUAUCAUAAUGAAGAAUCUAAUCAUAAAGUCAUUGAACAUCCAAUGACAAAUAAACAAGUUCAUAUUGAACAAUUAUAUGAUUUAUGUCGACAAUAUUUUGAUAAAUUUCAAAAAAAAAUUGAUGAACAUUCAAAUUAUAUUGAAGAGUUUUGUCAAAGAACUUCUAUUAAUAAAAAAAUUCUAUCAAAUCAAACAAAUUAUAAGAGAAAAACAACUAAUACUGUUAAUGCUCUAACAAAACGAUUAACAAAAGAAACUCCAUCAUGUGUUAAACGUCAAACACCAAAAUCAGCAUUAAAAAAUGUUUCACGACCACGAAAUCGAUUUGCUAAUGAUAAACAAUCACAAAUAUCAUUAACAACAACUACACAAAACUUAUCGAAAGAUAAUCUAAUACGAAUGAAAGAUUAUAAAACAAAUGACAUACAAAAUU